AUGGAUCCUGACCUCCCGUCGCCUCCCGUCGCUCGCUCGCAGCGGACCGUUGCUUCGCUUGCACGAGUCAGCGUGCCAAAUGCGUCCCUCCCGUUCGCACAGCGUCCAGUGGGUUUGAACCUGGAUGCGCUUUCCGGGCCGCCAUCGAGCGAUCCCCCGCUGUUCUCGAGUGAUGAUUUUCAGCCGGGGCUGGAGGAUUACACGCCAAAGUCGUCAUCUGGGGCGCGUCGGGGAGCGGAGCACGAUGGAGGGGAAAAUAAGACGGUGAGGAAGCGACGGUAUCGCGGGACAUGGUGGGGAGAGAAACUGCCCAUUAAGAAGAAGAGGACAAGGACAGAGUUCAAGAAGAAGAGGGAUCUGGACAGUGGCGUCUGGAUGAUGAGCGGUGACGAUUCUUCCGGUCUGCUAAGUUCGGAUGUCGUGGAUGCGGCGGACGACUCUGAAAUGGUUGGAGGUUCCAGGGCAUCUGAAGAGAAGAGCUUUGAGAGUCCGGCUAUCUGGGGGCUUCCGCAGGCGUCGAUUGGAUUGCACAGUGAAGGGGUUAUGAGAAAACCCGUGAAGGCGGACCGCGCGAUGGAAACCGAAGCUCAGAGACACGCCAGAUCAGCGGUAUAUCGAUGCCUGGAAGAAGGGAAUGAUAACGUGGAUCUCUCAUACUUCAAUCUGGAAACGAUCCCUCCUGGCAUCUUGCAACCGCUCAUCCAACUAACGAAAGAACCCACUUUGGAAAAGCCUCCGCUCUCUGAGGACGUUUACGGGCCGCUGGAGCCGUUCCUUCGACUUUAUCUUCCGCAGAACCGUCUUACUUUCCUCCCGAAGGAAAUAUUCGAUCUUGAAGAGCUGAAGGUACUUAGCCUGCGCCAGAAUGAACUCAGCGAGGUUCCCUGUGCAAUCCGAAAGCUCAUCAAGCUGCAAGAUUUGAACCUAGCCGUCAACAGGCUAACAUAUCUUCCAUGGGAGAUACUUGGGCUUAUGCAAACAGGCGACUUGAAGCGCCUAACCGUCCACCCAAACCCCUUCGUCUCACUAAACGAAACCGAAAUCGCUCAGUGGCACUGGGAUGUCGAAGAAGGAACCACUCCCAUCUCCGAGCGGCUAAAACAAAGCCACGACGCCGGUGACGAUAAUCCCCAAGCCUGGCUCCCUCUCCACAUCGCAACAGGGCGAAUCACGUACUUUGACCAGGAAGGCCGCCCGCUCCCACACAGCGACCGCCCACUCACCCGCACUUUUGCGCAAUCCCUCCGCGAGCUCUCCCUGCAAGCCUGUUUGCGCUCUCCGCAGAUGUCCCAUCUCCUCGACCACACAGCCGACGACGGAACGGACGACCAGGGCUUGGAUUGUCCGUCGUUUGUCGCGCGGCUCUUGGAUUUUGCCAGGCUCGUCAAACGAACGGGUGAUCGAGCGUGUUCUGUUUGUGGACGGACGUAUGUGAUACCUCGAGUUGAGUGGGUGGAGUGGUGGGAUUGUUCACCGUAUGAGAACGGGUCGAAGAUCGGGAGGGUGAAUGGGCAACGGCUGUGGCCUUUGCCGUUUGUAAGGAGGGGAUGUAGCUGGGGAUGUGGGAUGGCGGCAGUCGAGGGGAAAGUGAGUGACUAG